AAAUUUCAUAACACCAUCGAAUGUCUAGUCCCAAAAUAGGAAUAACGCUCCGUUGUGUCAAUCCCCUAUGAAAGUAAACGUUUACUAUGUGAACGUAAAAUUUGCCAGCAAGUGAACUCAUGCUUUGGUCGUGCAAUGAAAUCAGCUGUUACGCAAAGGCCGAUUUUUUUGUAGUUUCAGUGUAAUUUUUUUGUUUUGCUGAGAAAUAAACAUGUUAAGUCAUAAGGUAAAGGUGCUAAAGAUACUUUUUCGUACAUAUAGCCGGAAUCUUGCAGGCAACUUCUACGUAACUACACCAAUCUUUUAUGUGAAUGGCGCACCUCACAUUGGGCACCUAUAUACGGCAGUUAUAGCAGAUGCUAUAACUCGCCAUCAACGUCUGUUGUUUCCUGAAAAUUCAGGAAUAACACGCUUGUCUACGGGAACUGACGAGCAUGGGACAAAGAUCGAUCGGGCGGCUUCUGCAAGCAAAGCACCCGUGAUGGAUUACUGUACGAAAGUAUCCGACUUGUUUGCUGAAUUAUUUCGCGAAGCUUCCGUGCAACAUUGCGAUUUUAUACGCACAACUGAGCAACGUCACGAGAAAGCUGUACAUCACUUUUGGAAUAAGCUCUUCGAAAGGGAUGCUAUUUAUUUAAAUCAAUAUAAUGGCUGGUAUUGCGUGGCUGAUGAAACAUUUAUUACAAAUAAUCAGUUGCGCUUAGACGAGCAGUCUGGUCUCCGUUAUUCCCUAGAAUCUGGACACCCUGUAGAGUGGACAGAAGAAGAGAAUUACAUGUUUCGUUUAAGCAAAUUUCAAGCGGAUAUUUUGUAUUGGUUGCAACAGGGCAAUCGUAUACGUCCGGCCAAAUUUGAAAAAAUUUUAAUCGAUAUGUUGAAUGAGCCUUUGCUUGAUAUUUCGAUAUCACGCCCAAUUAACAGAGUAUCGUGGGCUCUGCCUGUGCCAAAUGAUCCAACCCAAACAAUUUACGUAUGGUUUGAUGCUUUAGUGAAUUAUUUAACGUCAGUCGGUUAUCCAGACGGGAAGUACGCUGAGUUUUGGCCGCCAAAUAUACAAGUUAUUGGUAAAGAUAUUUUAAAAUUUCAUGGCGUUUACUGGCCGGCGUUUUUAAUAGCUGCUGGUAUGGAGCCACCUCGGCAGCUUUACGUUCAUUCUCAUUGGACCGUUGAUGGCCAGAAAAUGUCAAAAAGUAAAAAUAAUGUAAUAGAUCCUACUAUAGCAGCUAAAACUUAUACUAUGGAAGGUUUACGUUAUUUUUUAUUACGCGAAGGAACUGCGCAUAGUGACGCUAACUAUUGCAGCGUUAAAGCAAUGCGGAUUUUAAACGCUGAACUUGCUGAUACCUUAGGUAAUCUUUUAUCGCGCGUUUGUUCCAAAGCUCUAAAUCCACGACAGGUUUAUCCACGUUUUCACACAGCGCAAUUACGUGAAAUCUUAAAGACAAAUAAUGGUCGUCAAUUACGCGACGUUUUACAACAUUUUGAAGCCAAGUGCACUCAACAUUUCAAUGAUGGCAAUUUCUACAUGGGCGCUGAUCUUAUUAUGUCAACGCUACAUGCCGCUAAUAGAUUCCUUGAGUUUUCUCGUCCUUGGGAACUAAAACUUAAGAUCUCAGAUCUUGAUAUUGACAAGCGGGUAAGUCUACCUAUGCCGCAAUGUGACGAGAACUGCCUAAAGCUAGAAACAAUUAUUGCAAUGACCAUGGAUACCUUACGUGUUUGCGGUAUUGCCCUGCAACCACUGGUGCCAUCGUUAAGCACUCUUUUGCUGGAUAAAUUAAGAGUUCCCUAUGACCAACGUAAGUGGAGGAAUUUAAAUCAUCACUUUGUCCAGGUGGCUGAAGGAGCUCUAGAGCCAUCGUUAGAAGUUUGCUUGAAUAGAGCGCAUUUAAUCCUCUUUAGACGUUUAACACCUAAAGAAGAUGAUCAUGAUGAGCCAAAACUGGCAAAAAUGAAGGAAUCAGAGAAAUGCAAGAAAACCAAAAGAAAGACUAAGACUGUCAUUUCAUAAUGCUAGACGUUAGAGACAAGUGUCUUUUGUCAUAGCAUAACACCUAACCGCGUAUUUUAUGUGAUUGAAUUUUAUAAGACUCUUAGUUGUUCCGUCAACACAUGCAACAUUAUCGUAAGCAAGAGGCAACCACCGCAAGAGUUUUCAAGUAUGUAAAAUACGUAUUCCUUGAGAAAGGAGAAAACAGGAAGAAAUGGGAAAUCCAUAUGCACAUAAAUAUAAUGGGAAUAUUGCGUCAAGUAAGCCUAAUAAACAUUUUCUAACUUCUAUUAUCGGAUUAAACAGUUUCUA